CCGUCACCAUCUACCACAAUCGCAGCCAAUCAGGGCUCACCAGAGUGCACCAAUCAACAAAGAGUGCCGUAUGAAGCAGCCAAGAGUGCCACCUGCUAACCACCCACUCAGGCACUUCCAUCCCUAGCACCCGAGUCGUCUAUUGAGCCUCUGCGCUAAGGAAGAUGCGGGUUACAGUGGUGAGUACAGUGGUGGUGGUGCUGCUGGCGGCCAUGGCGGCUACAGUUCCUCUUAACAACAGCCCUGGUCAGGACAUUGACGGUAGCAAGACAACCAUCGCCUUGGCCAUCGCCUAUCAACUUAUUGGCCUCAUCCCCAAUGAGACGGUUCAGGACCUGAUCUACACGAUCAUCGACGCCUUGACCAAAGAGGACUUCGACUACUGGGGACAGGUCAAAGAUGAGGUCAUGGCUCUGGUCGGACAGUACAUCAAUGAGCACAAUAUGCACGAAGUCGAGGUAUAUCAGAGUGACCUGGUCACGCUGAUGGACAGGUACAACCAGGCGCCCGUACAGAGCGACACCUAUCCGGAUAAGAACCAGCAAGCUGCCGCCCUCUCCACCUCCAUUGUCACCCACCGGUACCUGGUGGAGGCGGCUGAGUUGCCCCAGUCAAUGAUCCUCCACUUCGAGGACAUCUCCUCCAUCCACGUCGUCGUGCUCAAGGACGUGGCAGAAACGUACUCAGUAGAGGGCCAGUCUCCCUCCCGCUGGUGGGUGGAUCUGGAUGAGCAACUGGACCAUUACAUAGACUACGGGAAGAAACUAGAGGUGGAGCUGCGGAGCUGGCGCCUGGGGAUGGUCACCUGCGAGAAGGACUAUGCUGAUGGGUCGUGCACCAACUGGGAGUGGAUUGGUACCGAGUGUUACGAUGUCUUCACUGCCACAGACCUGGUGACGGGACAGACGUCCUCCUGCGAGCAGUUACACGGUACCACUGACUGUGAGGACCACUGUCAACUCUAUACCAUGCACAAGGAGCAAGAGGUUGAGGUCUUCAUGACCGCCAAGGUCACUGAUGUCAUGCACUCAUGGGAGCUACUCAAGAACGUCUCCUCCGUGUAUGCUGGGAUGGCUUCAAGGUUCUACGAUCCAAUAGGGAGACACUAAGCGACCCAGCUGAUCCAUUGCUCACGAUGUCCAUGACGUAUUUGAUGUUGACGUCACUAUACCGUGGCUGAUGGUGACGUGGCCGGAACGUCAUUCUUUCGACGUAGAUGGAGACGUCAGUAUUUCAAUGUUUAUAAUGACAUUUGCUAACGUCACUUUUCCAACGUUGGUAAUGACGUCACUUUUCAAACUUUGAUGACGUCACCAUAUAUAUGAACGUUCAGGAUUACGUCACAAAUUCAGAAGCCGAGAACGUAACCUUAUGUGGUGUUUGGAAUUAAUUAAUUAUAUACAUGAAA